CCGUAAUAAUAGAUUACAUUUUUAUGUUAAUUAUCUUUUUUUCUAUCUUAGCAAUAAUGUUAUUAUGUGUGUUAAUUUGAAAACCCUGGCUAACCUUCCUUGGUUAAAUGAAACUCCAACUAACAAAUCAAACUCUAAACCUGCAAUCCAAAAUGAAACUCCAACUAACAAAUCAAGCGUUAUAACUAAGCUUCUGAAUGAAACCUCAACUAACAAAUCGAGUGCCGAAACUACAAUCCAAAAUGAAACUCUAACCAACCAAUCUAAUGAAUCAAGUGCCGAAACUGCAAUCCAAAACGGACCCCUGUCUAAUGAAUCAAGUACCAAAAUUGCAUCCUGA